AUGGAAGACUGGGUGUAUGUUCAAAGCAGGCGAAGGAGCAGGAAGAAGAAGCCCGAAGGGGGGAACAAGCAUGCGGUGCAUCACAGAGGGAACAACAGCUAUGGUAUCCACGGUACCAAUCGGAUUAAUGGCCACUUCACAGAGCACCCCCCCAUGGACCAAGCAAAGCACGCGGAAAAGACAUUCAGCGAAAUAAAAAAGGUCAUGACCUGCUUAGAAAAAAGUGAAUUCUUUGCAAAUUUCCACCAACAAUUUAUGGAAGUGGUGGACAAGGCCAACGUCCAUAUAAAAUACGCCAUUUGUCUGGGUCUGGGUUCUUUAGCCGACCCCAAUUGGAACAACAGAAAGGCUUGUCUGUACCAGCUCGGCUUUGUUCUACUCCUUGGAAGGAUCUACAACGUAGACAAGGUAUACAUUUAUGACCCUAAAAUUGGGGAAGUGGACCAGUACGUUUGCAGCCACUAUAACAUAGAGGUGUUGUCCCGUUGUGAGGGAGAGGGUCACCUGGACGAGGAACAAAAAAUAUUGAAACCACACAGUGGUAUGUAUCCAAAGGAGGAGAAAGACGAUAAGACAAGCCACACCAUUGAAAAACCAAGUGCAGACGAACGGGCGAUGGUGUUCAUGCCCCAUUGCGACGUCAGUCUGUAUAGCCAAAUAAUGCACAGCAUAUAUAUGAAUGAAAAACUGAGUUAUGCUAAGGUCCACUUUUUGCUCACCUUGGAGAAGACUAUUUUUUUGGGGAACUCAUUUGAGUACUACAGAGAGCAUGCCUACAUGUAUAGGCCUUUUGGAAUACCUGCCUACGCCAUUCGCAUGUUAAGAAGUGAAGGAACUCUCCCGGAAAGUGCCAAUGAGAGGAGUCUUAACCGAUUAGUGGAGUUUUACAAAAUAGACCACUUCCUUUUUUACGUCCACAAGUAUACGCGGGAGGGGAGGUUCCCCUUUUUCGCUGAGCACGUGUCCGCUUUUAACGACAUGGCUAUCGUAACGUUUGGCUCCAUGCCAGAUGGACUCACCUUUUGGAUGAACGUUUGGGAGGAUGUGACCUCCGGGGGGCCCAGAUAA